UGUUGUGAUAAACUUAUUAAAUAGAUAGGAGAUGCUUUCCUGAGAUUAUGACUGUACCAUCACUUAAUCUGACCACUGCUGCUGCUUAUCGGCCAUCGUACCAGGACUACCUCAGCAAGUCGAGGCAGAAUGAGCACGAAAAUCGAGCGAGAUGGGAUGAAACAUCCAAGUAUUUUCAGAACAACCAAAUACGAUGUACCAAAAAUAGUCAGUGGGGAAGUGAACAUUCGUUCCAUCAAAGCUUGGAGUCUUUCGCCACUGAACAGUACGAGGAUUUGAACAAGGACAGAUUGGCCCUUAGGAGAAGACUACUCAAACAGCUGCUGGUCGAAGAAGACAAGCUGUUUUACACGGAAUUGAACAAUUACAACAUACAAAUUACUGAUAGAGGCUACCAAGAUUACCUGGAGACUACUCGUACAGCGAACACUGGAUACACAAAUAGAACUCAGCGAACAGCGCCCAAUACACCUCAAACGGGAAAGAUAGAUAGUAUGCGGCGCCGGGUUGAGGAGUUGCAAAGUGCCAGAGAGGAGAAGCGACGCCAGAUUGCUGAAGCGAAAAUUCAUCAGCAUUGGCGCGAGAACAAUCCCGACAUCCGCGCUUUGGAGUUGGAGCAACAUCAGAAGCAUGUUGUGGACCAGUGGCAAGAUCAGGUGGAAGACAGAAGUCAGCAGAGAUUGAACGAGGAGAUAUAUAACAGGGAACAGGACAGACUCAUGGAAGAGGCCAGGCAAAACGCCCUGGCACUGAUGGCCGAAGAAGAAGCUAGACGAAGAGAGGAGCAGAAGAAUUUGGGCAGUGAUUUGGUGCAACAGAUGGAGGAGCUGAAACUACGCGAACAAGAAGCACAGCAGAUGCGACUAGAACAGGAACAGCUGCUGCAGGAACAGUGGAAACUACAGGAACUAGAAGGUCAACGAGCUGCUCUGGAGAAACAAAGAGCCGGAUUCGAACUGGGACGCUUUUUGUUGCAACAAUAUAGAACACAGCUUAGAAGACGAUUCGAGCAGCAUAAGGUUGAACGUCAGCAAGACAUCGAAAUCCUCGAGAACUUAUUCAGAAUGCAACAAAGCGAGGAUGUUGAGCGAACUGAGUUGCAGAAAGCGAGGUUCCAAGAGAUACAGGAGGCAUUGCAAAUGGCAAGGCAAAAGCAGCAGAAAGACGUGGAGGCUGAAAAAGAGUUGGAUCUGAUUUACAGAGACGAGGCAGAAAGACUGUGGCGUAAACGUGAAGCGGAGUGGGCUGCGGAGCAAGCGGCGAGAGCGAAUUUGUUGCAGGCGGUUUUGAACGAACGAGCGCAACAAGUGGAUGAGAAAUUGAGCAGACUAGAAGUAGCGAAGAGAGAAAACAUGGAGGAGCGUGAGAAGGCGAUUCGUGAGAUGCAAAUUCUGAGAAUGGAGGCAGAGGCCGAGGAGUUGGAGAAAGAAGAGGUGAAGGUGGCGAGGAAAGAGGACCUUGAGGCAGCCAUCACUGCGAGAAGAGAAGCAGCGAUAUCUGCAAGAAUUGAAUUGCAACAAGAAUUGGAACGACAGAAGCAGCAAGAACAAGAAAUGAAAGAGCUGGUCGAGGAAGAGCGCAGAGUGAUCACUCAACGGGGAUACCAACCGAAGACAUAUGCCAAGCUGAAGACACCGAAUGUCAUGAACGGCGGAGAACUGGAAGACCUCGAAACACUCAGGAGUCCGCACGCGAAUGACGUCAUAGACACACCGACUGGUGGGGGACGAAGACGACCUCAAAGCAACUCACAGCAACGCCACUUUGUCAACAAUAUAUGGGACACAGGGAAGAAUCCGUGAUGAAUCGUUGUCGCUUCGUAUCAUAUUUUCGCAAUUGAACCCCCUAAUAAGAAUUCACAUAUCAGUAAUAAGAGAGCACUCCAAUCCUUGCCUUAUUCUUAAAGGACACUCGAAAGAAAGUUAUCCGACAGUGUAUAUCAGGAUAUAUAUCAUCAGAGGCCUGCCAUUUUUCUGGAUUUGAUAUAGAGAUUAGUUGCAUUGUAGGCCUUCAGUAGAAACUGUUAAACUGACGGAAUAUUAUGCUGGUUAGUUGGUGUUUUUGCAUACCUCCUCUGAAGGUUAUUUGAAAUUACUAAUUAGUAUUAUCAUAAAUGUGAAUAAUGCCACUUGAUAGAUUCUAGAUCUGAAUUGAAACUAUUUGUACAA